AUGUCAUCCGAUGUACUAGAUUGCAGACCGGUGACCCGAACGAAUCAUGCCCAUCUCUCCACUCCCAUAGGCGACAAGUCCGAAAAGAUAGACCACCCAGGCAGCGCAACAGGUCGAAACGGCGCUGUAUCGUCCGAGAACGAACUCUGCAGCAAAAUCGGCGUGGACGCGUUGAAAGACGGCGGUUCAGCCGUCGACGCAGCGAUCGCCACCGGCAUCUGCAUCGGCGUCACAAAUAUGUACAGCAGCGGGAUCGGUGGUGGAGGGUUCAUGGUCGUCCGCGAUCACGAUGGGAUGAGUCGGUACAUUGAUUUCCGCGAGGAGGCGCCUGCACUUGCACAAACCGACAUGUACAACCAUGAUCCCAAACUUGCGCAGAUCGGGGGGUUGGGCGUAGCUGUACCGGGCGAGAUCAGAGGGUUCGAGGCGGCGCAUAAGCGAUAUGGGAAGCUGGAAUGGAAACGGCUUUUCCAGCCGUCUGUUGAUCUGGCUAUCAAUGGAUGGGAAGUGAACCAUAUCCUGGAACACAGAAUCAAUCUCGCUCCUACGCUACUACUGAAUAACCCGGCGUUCCGCGACGUGUUCGCGCCAAAUGGCGUGUUGCUGAAGCAAGGUGACAUCAUCAAACGCGAAAAGUACGGUUUGGCGCUGAAGGAGAUUGGGGAGAAGGGUGCGAAUGUCUUCUACGAGGGCUGGAUCGCCGAAGAGAUCGUCAAAACAACCAAAGCGGAAGGCGGGAUCCUCUCGAUGGACGACAUGCGUCAGUACCAGGCCAAAAUCCUCCCGACGUAUGUCGGUUACUACAACGGCCGUCGAGUCAUCACAGGCCCACCGCCCACCAGCGGACCGGUCCUCAUUUCCUUGCUGAAUGUCAUGGAAGGAUACGACUUGCAUGGCGAAGGCCCGACCAACACGAAUUUCCAUCGGCUUGUGGAGGCGUACAAGCAUGGGUUUGCGCAGAGAAGUUAUUAUGGAGACCCGGUUGACCCGGUUUAUAAAAAUAUUACGGUGAUUGCUAAGGACUUUUCGCGGAAGCAUUAUGCGUGGGAUGUGAGGCAUAACAUCACGGAUGAAAAGACCCACGGCCCGAAAUACUACAAUCCGACCUUCGACAUCGACUCAGACCACGGUACAAUGCACGUCUCGGUCCUCGCCGCCGACGGCUCCGCAGUCUCCAUGACCUGCACCGUCAACCUCCUCUUCGGCGGUCAAAUCAUGAACGCGGCCACAGGAAUCAUCCUCAACGACGAAAUGGACGACUUCUCCAUCCCGGGCCAUCCGAACGCGUUCGGCCUCGAACCCUCCCCCUACAACUUCAUCCAUCCGCGCAAACGACCACUAAGCAGCAGCGUGCCCGUCAUUAUCGAGAAUCGCGCGGGCGACCAUGUCGAGGUCGUGGCCGGCGCGAGCGGGGGCAGUCGGAUCAUUACCGCGACGAUGCAGGCUGUGCUGGAUAUGUUGGACUGGGGAUCGACGCCGCUGCAGGCUGUGACCAGACCGAGGAUGCAUCAUCAGUUGUUGCCGAAUAAUAUCAUGGUCGAGUGGGAGUUUGAUGAGACGCUGAAGAAGGAUUUGGAGGGGAGAGGUCAUAAGUUCGUCGUCCUCGACAAGGGCCUAUACCUCUCCGGCGUAGAAGUCAUCCGCCGCCGCCCCGACGGGCUCAUAGAAGCCGCCUCGGAUUGGAGGAAAGCCGGCGUGUCGGUAGGAUAUUGA